AUGCGCAAACACAGCUGCCGCCGUGAUCGAACAAUAUUUUAUCAGAUGAACUGUCACUGAGUUUUGUGAAAUGUAGAUAUAUUUUUUAUUUCGCAUAAUCUGAAAGACUGGUGAACGAAUGUUGGCUAUAUGGCUUCACGUGCACGCGUCAAUGGGGAAUGCUUGAGCAAGAUGUUCAACUGCGUCUGAAGGCAUUUUAGCCUCUUUCACCAUGUAUCUAAGAGGAAAUAGAAUUCUUCGUGAGGCAUGCAAGUUUCCAGGCUAGUUUUUCCCAAAAUGAAAAUUGCAUUGGUUGGAAUGCUGUUUGCCCUUAUUGGAGAGAUCGAUGCGUUUGGAUGUGAGCUUCAAAACCAGGAAAAGGAGAAGGAAGCCUGUCUUAAAGAUUUGCUGGAAUUCAACCAGACAGAGCCAGACUGCCCUGGCUAUUGGGAUUACCUGAACUGCUGGCCACCGUCUCAAGCAGGACACACGGUGUCACAACCCUGCCCCGCAUUCCUCAAAACACUAGGGACAAUUUACAGGAACUGCACAGAGACAGGAUGGUCAGAAGUGUUCCCUCCACAGGAGCUGGCCUGUGAACUUGGCAUCAUUGACAUAAAUUACGAGAGUCCACAGUUCUACUUGCCUUAUGUGAAGGCGAUGUACACCGCUGGCUAUGCCAUCUCGCUCAUCUCCUUAGUCUUCGCCAUAGCCAUUCUCUCCCUGUUCCCGAAACUGCACUGCACCAGGAACUAUAUCCACAUCCAGCUCUUCCUCUCGUUCGUCCUUCGUGCUGCCUUCAUCUUCAUCAAAGACUCGGUCCUCUUCUCCAGCGAGGACAUGUUUCACUGUAACUCCUAUUCAUUGCCCUGCAAGCUGGUCUUCCUGGUCUCCAACUACUGUAUCAUGGCCAACUACAGCUGGCUGCUGAUCGAGGGCCACUACCUCCACAACCUGGUCACCGUCUCCUUCUUCAACGAGAGGAAGUACUUCUGGUGUUACGUUGUGCUUGGCUGGGGUACACCAAUGGUCAUAGUAGGAGGCUGGGGGUUGGCCAAGUAUUUCCAUGAGGAUGAGGGGUGCUGGGAGACCCGGGGGAGUGACUGGAUAUGGUGGAUUCUCAGAGUCCCUGUCCUGCUAUUUAUUGUAGUAAACUUGUUCUUCUUCUUGAACAUCAUCAGGAUCCUCGUUGGCAAACUGAGGAUGUCUGAUGUGCACGGAAAUGACUUCAAUCAAUACAAGCGGCUGGCCAAAUCCACAUUUCUCUUGGUGGCUCUUUUUGGGCUGUACUAUAUCCUGUUCGCAUUCCUCCCACACAGAGGAGAUGGUUUACUCUAUAUCGUAUGGAACAUUGCAGAACUGGCACUCGCCUCAACACAGGGCUUCGUCGUGGCGGUCCUGUAUUGUUUCCUGAACGGAGAGGUGCAGUAUGAACUGCAGAGGAAGUGGCGUCGCUGGAGAUUGAAGCGGGGUGUCAAUGGCGCUCCAAACGUGCACCACGGCUCAAUGAGCCAGAGUGGCUACGCCCUCACACAAGUCUCCCUGCUGCCCAGGAGCAUUGUAUAGUAGCGGGAUCAAA